AUGUUCUUCACUAACCCAGUGAGUGGUACAGCCGCUCUCCACGGCUAUGACUACAAACUUGUUCACACAGAUGCACCGAAUGACAGAAACCCUAGAUGGACGAAGGUCGCCAAGAUCCGAAAAAACAUAGAGCACUAUGACUUUGUCGUUUUCAUGGAUGCUGACACCGUGUUCAAGUAUCCUGCUGUUCCCCUGGAAUUCCUCUUCAAUCGCUGGGGCAUUACUCCGCGCACGCUUGUCGCCGCAGCCGACGAUCCCGAUAGAGCCGAAAAUGAUGACAAGCGCGGUGGCAUUAACCAAAACGCGGGGUUUUUUAUUGCACAGCGAUCGCCCCGGACUCGGCAGCUGUUGGACGCAUGGUUCUCCUGUGCUUGGGAUCACAAGCAAAAAGGAUGUUCCAAGUACAAGUAUAACUUCCCCCACGAACAAGGCGCUUUUUCAACCUACACGCGACACCUGUUCAACGACACAGAAGAUGUGAAGCGCCUUCCUUGUGCAGAAGCAAAUGGGUCUCCGAGGACCAAAGCCAAAUAUGGCUGCGGGGGAGAGCUUGUAGAGCACUAUUGGAAAGCGCAAGAUGCGGUACCGGCGGCCUUCCAGAGCUCGAUCAUGCAGUAUGUUCUAUUACAAAUGCAUCAAAGGUUUAACGACAACCGAGAGGCCCUGGUGGAAGAUCAACGCACCCCACAUAGUGAUGAUGACGACGACGACGAUGAUGAUGAAGAUGACGAUAAUACUUCUGGGAAGAGUGGUACUUCUGGGAAGGGGAAGAGGGAUGAUGGAAAGGAUGACCUUCCUGAAGAGGAUGAAGAGGAUGACGAUCUCGAAGAGAGUGAUGAUCUGGAAGAGGGUAAUAUGGUCCCGGUAUAG